GAUCUGCUCUGCAAUUGGAAGUAGACAAGACUUGCCCAUCACCAACUCGCUUCGUCUACCGCGUCUGUCUCGUCGCCUCGACUUUCACCUCCUACCUUUUCAGCUUCACCUUUUUAUCCUAUUCUAGACCGAUACCACCUCUAGCCGGCGCCUACCUACUUAAAUAGGUAUCCCUUUGGUAUCCUUUUCGCGACACAAACAACGACCGAGCCGCUGCCGACCCUCCAAACCCCGACCCUGGCCUCGACAUCCCGCCGUAACCAAGUGCUCGAAAUCGUCCGACAUGCUCGCGCCUUAGAUAGAUAUGACCGAGUCCUCCUGCUCUCCUUCGCCCGCACCAAACUCGAGUGGCCCUCAUGACCCGUCAAAAUAGUUGAUCCGCCCAUCUGACGAGAAUCUCGUUGCACCCCGAACCUCCUAGACCACGAUAGUCCUCUGCCGAUCGCCGGGUUUCAUGAUGCCUUCCGCAAAGACGCCCGACCAGGACGUGCCUCAAGUAGAUGCCUUCGCCGCUCUCCUCAAGAAUGUUUUGGAUCAUGCGCGAUCCGCCAAGCCAGAUGCAUCUAUCGAGCCUCCUCUCACCAAGGCCGAUUUCGACAGCUUACUUAGCCAGCUUCCCACCAUAUUCCCCUGCGCGUCGCCCAGCUACGUUUCCGAGAGUCUGACAUCCGAAAAAGCUCGGCAGUAUGCUGUGGUGGAAACUGCGGCGCGAAACGUCUUCAGCAGCUUAGUGGCCGGAACCUCUAUUAAUUCGCCUGAGUUUGUCCAAAUCUGGAACCUGUUCGACUUCUUGUCGGUAUUGUCUGAUAGUGAGCAAUGCGACCCGGCUCUCCUCUUCUGGCUUGUUGAAGAGCUUCUCGACAGCCAGACCACCGAGGGCUGCCGCAAAAUUUUCGAUUUUCUCGAAUCGCGGAGAGAGCAAAUCAUCGCACAGAACCUCAAUCAGAAGAAAUUGGUUAUUCUCAGGUCAUGCAACGAUCUCCUCCGUCGGCUGUCGCGCGCCGAGGACACGGCUUUUUGCGGCCGAGUUUUCAUAUUCAUGUUCCAAUGCUUUCCUCUGGGAGACAGAAGUUCGGUGAAUUUGCGCGGCGAAUACCAUGUCGAAAAUGUUACGGCAUUUGACGAGACACCGGCCCCGGAGGACGACGCGGGAGAUAAGAUGGUUGUCGACGUAGAACCUGACGCCACCAAAGACGAAAGCAAGGCCACUCCCAAAGCAGUUUCAUUCGAUGCCAAGAACAAACCGACGCCCGAGAAGCCCCUCGAUACUAGUGCAUUAUAUCCUAUUUUCUGGUCACUUCAGCAUGAUUUCAGCCAACCGACGACGCUUUUCGACCCCGCGCAAUUGGCCAAGUUCAAGGCGGGUCUGGAAGCGACCGUAGCCGCGUUUGAGGCAGUCGAGAAACUUCAGAGAAGUACGAAGGGUUCCGACGAGAACAAGACCAUCCCUCAGAAAAGAAAGAAUCCCGAGGGGGACGAUGAUCUUCGUAGUAGUACCAAUAACCCCAAGUAUCUUACGGGCAGGGAACUUUUCGAGCUUGAGAUCAGCGACCUCUACUUCAGACGGCACAUCCUCAUACAGGCGUUCAUCGUACUGGAUUUCCUCCUCUCCCUCACUCCCCAGGCUAGGGCCAAACUUGCGAACAUCAAGUCUCAAAAUAGAUCCGUGAUAUACGGGGACCAAAAGUUGGGAGAUGAAGACGCGAAAUGGGCGAGGACCAUGAAGGACAGGAUCACCACCUAUAUCCAAGCAGAUAACGAUGGAUAUUUCUUCUUUCGCGUGGUCGAGAGCGUUAUCUCGAGAGACAAGGGCUGGGUCCGCUGGAAAGUGGAAAGCUGUCCGCCGAUUAAGAAGGAGCCCGUUUCGCCAGCCGACUUCAACGAGGCAAAAGCCAACGCCCGGCGUAUGGCCACUAAUAAAAGGCUUCGAUCUGUCCCCAUGGGCACCCUUUCGUUAGAGUUCUUGAGGGAAGAGGAUAGCGAAACCGCCAUGGAGAUGUUGAAGGAUCCAUCGAGGUGCGAACUUCCUCGUUUGGAUGUCUUCAAGACCAAAAUCGCCUCCGACGAUCUCGAUUUUGAUUUUGCCAAGAACGAAAAGGAGAAAGCACAGAUACUAGAAUCUAAGGCUAGCAAGACCUGGAGAGCUCUAAGGAUUGCGCGGAGAUCAAGGCUGGCCGUUUUCGAUAAGAUCGAGGAUUGGCAAAAAGUCGAUAUCAUCUUCCAAGAUGAGCCGAACCCCGGCGAAGAGACCCCGGGAGACUCAGAGGCAACCGUUCAACUCCCAGAGGAUAAACGGCCGAUCAUUUUGACGGGGCCGAGCGAUGUCAGCCGAUCCACGCUAGCCUCGAUGCUUUUCGAGAAACAUCCCGGCGCAUUUGAAAAAAUCAUACGCCAUACCACUCGAAUCCCCCAGGACGGCGAGGUCGCCGGCCAAGAUUACCAUUUUGUGGAUUCCAAAACCUUCAAUACGUUAUUAGAUGGAGACAGUUUCUUCGAAUUCGCCAACCGAGAAGGGUUCGAUUAUGGAACGAGCCGAAGGCUAGCGGAUGCCGCGAUAGAUUCUGGAAAAGUCCCGUUGAUCCUACUAGAUCGCGAAGGCGCCCAGAUGGCUAAAGAUAACGGCUAUUCCUCACGGACCAUAUUUAUCUCGCCUAGCAUUGAGCAAUUCGAAGCCGAACUGAGAAAGACAGGAGCCGUACCGGAAGAUGUCAUAAGGAGUCAUGUGAAGUCAGCACAGGAAGACCUGGAACAUUCUCUGUCCGCGGAUCUGUACGAUACCACCAUUCCGAUCCACGAUAUCGAGGAAGCGUAUAAAGCCCUAGAAACCUUCAUCUACGGGGCACCCGUGCCAGAAGGAACAGGCAACGUUAAUAGCAACGGAACUACCACAGUGGAUGAUGCCACAAUGAGGGACGCAACGAAUGGCAAUGCAGUAUCGUAGGUAGUAUUCAACAGCACGAAAGAGUGUCUGGUAGUUCUACGGGUUCACGAGAACGCAGCUAGGCAUGGUCAAUCCCCCUGUAUCUUCAACCUUGCGCCCGAGCGCGCAUCGAUAGGAUCACAGCAAGAGACGUAGAUAUUUAUAUAAUCAUUAGAUGCUUCGGGUCGGAACAUUAGCAUGUAUUCUGUCGAGAUACCCAUAUACAAAUAUAUAUGAUGGUUGCGAGUCCAUUUAUGUUACUUGUCUGUAGAACCUACCGCCUACCUAGGCCCAGCAAUUUGUGAUGCGUACCUUAAUAUAAUACGCCGUAGGUAAUGUGUCUACAUGAUCUCCUAUUCCUAUUCAUGUAGUGUCCUAGACCUAUAGCUCUAUGUAAAUAGCAUCGUAUCCUAGAUCAAAUGGUAAAUAUGCCCCAAAUACAUAUUCAUGCACACGUCCGUCUUAUA